CAAGUCAAGAAAUUAAGAUUGCUUUAAAAAUCCCAGUACAUUCGAAAUCUUAUAUCUCUGCCUCACCCAAUUCAGUAGUCCCUGUGAUCUCCAUUUCUGUCCGUGGUUCUCGGCCGUCGUGACACUUCAUGGGAUCGGCCAUGAAGCUUCACAUAAUCGCUGCCGUGCUCCUCUGUUUCACGGCGGUCACCGCCCAGAACCUUGAGACUUUCAGCGAGACGUACGGACCAUUCAAUUCUAUUUAUAAUGUUGUAUUCGAGUACGGGGGCUCAGCCGAGACCUCCGAGGGCGCUCUCCAAUUGACCCCGGUCCUGGGUGUCUACGGCUUCGUGACCUGCUUGGGAAAUCAGACGGGACGAAUGAUGCUGAGAAAACGAUUCAAGUUAUGGGAACAAGGUUACAAAACCUCCGACAGAGUUGCCUCAUUCAACUCCUCCUUCCUCUUCAACAUCUACCCGCAUUUUAUUAACAGUACCCCGGGCGAAGGGCUGGCCUUCGUCCUAGCCCCGGACACGUCCAUUCCAUCAAACAGUUUCGGCCAAUAUCUGGGCCUGACCAACGUCGAAACUGACGGCUCCCUCAGAAACCGCUUCGUCGCCAUCGAGUUCGACACUGUUAAGCAGGACUUCGAUCCGGAUGCUAACCAUGUGGGACUCAAUAUAAACGGUAUCACAUCUACUGUUACUGCCUAUUUGACCCCAUUGGGAAUUGAACUUGCACAGAACGAGACCAACUUGUUCAAUGUGUGGGUCCAGUACGAUGGGUUCGAUAAGGUCAUUGAAGUGUACAUCGCACCUCAAGCUGGAAUUAAUGGGGAGACACUCUCCAGGCCUGAUACCCCGGUCUUGAAAUCUCCUCUUGACUUGAGAGAGAUUUUGGAUCAGCACUCAUACUUUGGUUUCUCGGCAUCGACAGGAUCUGGUGCGCAACGCAAUAGUGUCUUCAGGUGGAACUUGACUGUGGACUCCUAUCUGGACGUUGAUGCUCCGGCUCUGGCUCCAGGUCAAGCUCCAGGUCCGGCUCCGGCACUGGCUACGGAGGACAAACAUCCUCUGUGGGAAAAGAUUCUAGUUGGGGUCGGGGUUCCACUGCUUGUGAUUGGGGCAGCAGUGACGGGCUAUUAUUACCUACGUAAGAAGCGAUCAUUGGCACGAUCUAAGUCCAACAUGCUCUUAGGGGCCUUAAAGAGAUUGCCAGGGACCCCGAGGGAGUUCCAAUUCAAAGAUUUGAAGAAAGCGACCAACAACUUUGACGAGAAGAAAAAGUUGGGCCAGGGUGGUUUCGGUGUAGUGUACCGAGGUUACCUGCACAAUGAAAAUCUGGAGGUGGCCGUCAAGUGGUUUUCCAGAGAAACUAUUAAAGGUCAGAAUGACUUCUUGGCAGAGCUCACCAUAAUCAACCGUCUCCGUCACAAACAUCUUGUCCGCCUGCUUGGAUGGUCUCACAAGAAAGGUAAGUUGCUACUUGUAUACGACUAUAUGCCCAAUGGUAGUCUCGAUGCACACCUAUUCACCAGAAUACUAGACAACAAGCCACUAAGUUGGGAUCAACGUUACAAUAUCGUAGUUGGGGUUGCUUCAGCCCUGCACUAUCUCCACAACGAGUACGACCAGAGGGUGGUCCACAGGGACCUCAAGGCCAGCAACAUCAUGCUGGACUCCGACUUCAAUGCCCGACUCGGGGAUUUCGGCCUUGCCCGCGCCUUGGACAAGGAGAAGACCUCAUACACAGAGGCCGAGGGCGUGGCUGGCACAUUGGGCUACAUUGCGCCUGAAUGCUUCCUAACAAGCAAGGCCACCCAGCAGUCUGACAUCUACGCGUUUGGUACAGUCUUGUUGAAAAUAGUUUGUGGCUUGCGACCUGGAACAAGGAUCAAUGAAUUCCACUUCUUGGUGGAUUGGGUCUGGUCCUUGCACCGAGAAGGCCGAAUAUUAGAUGCUGUAGAAGAACGGCUUGGAGAUGAGUACAACAUUGAGGAAGCUCAGAAAGUGCUGAUUUUGGCUUUGGCAUGCUCUCAUCCGAUAGCAAGCGAAAGGCCUAAAACUCAAGCAAUAUUUCAAAUCGUAACCGGUUCUGUUUCGGUACCUUACGUGCCACCAUUCAAACCAACCUUCGGAUGGCCGUCGAUGCCUGUUCCGGAAGAAGAUGAUAUUAGCAGCCUGACUAGCACUACGGAGACAAAAUCCUUUCCAACGACCCGUUUGGGAUCCGGCUUCACGCUGCAAUGCAUCAGCCGAGAGCUCUAUGCCAUCGACAAAUUCAAUAUUGUGUAGUUUCUUUUGUAAACUAAAACCAAGUCUUCUAAUAUAUUUUUUUUAAAAUUCAGCAAUGUUAUAAUCAUAAUACUGUUUGAAUAUUAUAUUCUAGUCAGUAUUGUCAACAAAUCAUGCAACUGAAUUUUUCGCACGAGUUUAACAAACUAGUUGAGAUGUUUAAGUUACUGGACAUAUUUUUUAGGAUUUAUGGACAAAUGUACACUUUAAGUUUGAAAUUACGUUUCUCAUCCAAAAAAAGUAUGAGAAAUUCACUUUGCAAUUAAGAUGAAACUAAUUCUUUUUUGGGAGA